AUGAAUGAGGCUAAUCAGACUGUUGUGCUGGAAUUCAUUCUGUUGGGGCUUUCUAAGCAUCACAAUGUUGAGAUUGUUCUCUUUGUGUUGUGCCUGGGAAUAUAUCUAGUCAUUUUACUGGGGAACUCCUCACUCAUUUUAUUGAGUUUUUUGGAUCCAAAUCUUCACACCCUCAUGUAUUUCUUCCUUAGUAACCUUUCCUUUGUGGAUAUUGUUGGUACAUCCUCCUUUGUGCCUUUAAUGUUGGUCAAUUUACUAUCAGUCAGAAAAACCAUAUCUUUCUCAGGUUGUGCAUUACAAAUGUAUCUUACUCAUGCCCUGGGAGGAAUAGUGUUGGCCAUGAUGGCCUAUGACAGGUAUGUGGCCAUCUGCAAUCCUUUGAGAUAUACAAUCAUCAUGAAUAUGAGAGUCUGUGUGCAGUUAGCAGCCUUAAGCUGGAUAGUUGGGAGUGUAAAUUCAUUACUUCAAACAAUCCUUGCAUUGAGGCUUCCCUUCUGUGGAAAAGACAUCAUUGAUCAUUUUUAUUGUGAAAUCCUAGCUGUUCUAAAACUGAUCUGUGUGGACAUUUCUCUAAAUACUUUUGUCAUGAUGGUAGCAGUUGUACUCAUCACAAUUAUUCCAGUGUUGCUCAUUUUCAUCUCAUACAUGUUUAUCCUUGAUACCAUUCUGAGAGUCAAUUCAGCUGAAGGAAGGAAGAAAGCCUUUUCCACCUGUUCAGCGCCUCUGACCGUGGUCAUCAUAUUUUUUGGAACCCUUCUCUUCAUGUACUCAAAACCCAAGGCAAAGGAUUCAGAUUUAGACAAACUGAUUGCUUUAUUCUAUAGUGCAGUGACUUCAAUGCUGAAUCCCAUUAUUUACAGUCUGAGGAACAAGGAGGUCAAGGCAGCAGUGAAAAAAGUGAUGUUCUCCAGUAGAAUCUGA